CCUGUCCUCAGGAGUACUGUUGUGAUCAUGUUGGUGAACCCAGCUCGGUCUGGCUGUCACCAGCUCCCAUUCCCCACUGUGCGGACCCUGUGCAGGAAGGCAGACCCUCCCCUGCGCACUGCAGCCCCUGCGUCUGCUCAGAGGGCAGAGGGACCCCCGGAUUUUGACACUGCGGCCUACAGGGCCAAGUCGAACUGGGAGCUGCUACGCGCUCUGCUGGUGUUCAGGCUUUGCUCCUUCCCCUGGCUGGUGAACAAUGCGGGCAAGAUGAUGCAGUGGAGCUCCAGGCUGCUGGGACGGAGGUUGUUCGAGUGGCUGAUGAAGGUGACCGUCUACGGCCAGUUCGUGGCUGGGGAGACGGUUCCCGAAAUCCAGGGCUGCACUGAGGCCCUGCGGAGAGUGGGGGUGCACACAAUGCUGGCCGUCCCCUUGGAGGACGAUGUGGGUGAGGUCAGGAGUGAGUGCUGGUUCGAGGGUAAUCUGCGGACAGCGCUGUCGUGUGUGGACACUGCCCAGGUCUGCGGUCCGCACGCCAUGAUGCAGCUGAAGGUCACAGCGCUGAUGGGGACCUGGCUCUGCACGACUGUGAGCCGGUCCCUCAGCGAGCAGUCUGUGGCUGAGGACCUCAACAUCAGCCGGUUGGCAGCAGUGAUGGAUGGCCAGGAUCUUCACUUCAGACACCUGAGCCUCGAGGAUUCAGUGCACCUACAACAAUCACUCCGUCGCCUCAGGACCAUCGCAGAGUACUCCUGGGAGAGGGGAGUGCCCCUCCUCAUUGACGCUGAACUCACCUCACUUAACCCCGCCAUCUCAUUGGUUACCAAGGCUCUCAUGCUUCGCUUCAACCAAUCACAGCCCUUGAUUUGGAACACUUACCAGUGUUAUCUAAAGGACACAGAGAGACGGCUCUUGACUGAUGUUUCGCAGGCCCUGAGCCUGGGGCUCUGGUUUGGGGUAAAGUUGGUCAGGGGAGCAUACAUGGAUAGGGAACGGGAGUUGGCAGUGAAAUUCGGAUAUCCUGACCCUGUGCAGAAGAACUGGGAUGACACAGACCGAAGUUACCGGAGGCUCCUGGACCAGCUGGUGACCCUGGUGAAGCGGAACCCAAAGGUGGGGCUGGUGGCAGCCACACACAAUGAGGGAUCAGUCCAAUACCUUCUCAAUAGGAUGGAGGCGCUGGGUCUUGGCAGGGACUGUGGGAUGAUCCACUCUGCCCAGUUACUGGGAAUGUGUGACCACGUCUCCCUCACCCUGGGGCGAGCUGGCUACUCGGUCUACAAAUCCGUCCCAUAUGGAGAUGUGUCCUCUGUCAUUCCCUACCUGAUCCGAAGAGCUCAGGAGAACCAGUCGGCGCUGAGGGGUCUCCGCCGCGAGAGAGAGCUGCUCAGGGACGAGCUCAGCCGGCGCCUCCUGCUCGGGAGGGGGGUGCAGGGCUGACAGAGUGAGGAGGGAAAGAUGUCCCCUCCCUCACCAACCCCAGACCUCUGACCCAUUCCCCUCCCUCACCAACCCCAGACCUCUGACCCAUUCCCCUCCCUCACCAACCACUGACCUCUGACCCAUUCCCCUCCAUCACCAACCCCAGACCUCUGACCCAUUCCCCUCCCUCACCAACCCCAGACCUCUGACCCAUUCCCCUCCCUCACCAACCACUGACCUCUGACCCAUUCCCUCCCUCACCAACCCCAGACCUCUGACCCAUUCCCCUCCCUCACCAACCACUGACCUCUGACCCAUUCCCCUCCCUCCCAGACUGACCACUGACCCCUGAUGCCAGUCACCCCCAGACCGACCUCUAACCUCUGACCCCAGUUACCCCCAGACUGACCUCUAACCUUGGACAGUCCCAGACCAACCCCAGACCGCUGAAGAUUGAAUAAAGAUGGACUUCA